CAUAAAAGUAACCAGGAAACACUGACUCGGCCUCCGGCAAUAAAUCAAUUUAUUUUACUGCUAGUGUGUGUUUCUGUGCUCUAAAUUGUAUUCCAGUCCAAAGACCAGGUUUGACAAGUGUUUGGGGAACGAGUCAAACUUUCUAGGAUCCAAUCCAUGAUGUGAAAAAUUCAUUCUAACCGCAAUGGAAUAUGAGCGCUAAAAGGGAACUUUUACAUUUUAUUUUAUCACAAAAUGAUUUAGUGCGAUUACCCGGGAGUCUUCACAAUGGAAAUUCGAGAAAAGUGCUUUUUGUGUUGUCAGACUGUUUUCCCGUGUUUUAAUAAACCACCGUCAGAUUCAGAGUCUGGGACUGAAAAGAGAGAAAUCGUGGUGAUUAUAAAUGAUCACGCGAAGGAUCCCAAAAACAGGGCUUUGCCACCUAUACCCCCUGAGAACCCGGGAUACGUUUAUAUCGCUCUCUAUGAUUAUACCGCCCGAACGGAGGAGGACUUGAGCUUCAAUACUGGGGACAAGUUAGAAGCUUUGGAAAAAAGUGCUGGCGAUUGGUGGUACGCAAAAGCGCUCACUGGAAUUUCAGCUGCCAAGAAAGGUUACAUUCCAGCCAAUUAUGUGGCACCUGUGGAGAGUCUUGAUGCUGAGCCAUGGUACUUUGCAGACACCAAGAGACUGGAUGCUGAGAAGCUGCUUCUGUCUGAGGGGAACCAGCAUGGAGCCUUCCUCAUCAGACACUGUGAGAGUCAGAAAGGAGAGCUCUCACUCUCAGUAUUGGACAGGGACAAAGUGAAGCACUACAAAGUAAGGAAGCUGGACACUGGAGGCUACUAUGUGUCAAGGUCCAGGAGCUUUCUGACUCUGAGGGAGUUAGUGGAACACUAUUCAAAACUGGAGGAUGGUCUCUGUGUGCGUCUGCUUGAACCAUGUAAAAAGACGGAGGCUCCUCAAACCCACGGUCUGUCCUACAACACAGCCGACCACUGGGAGAUUGACCGGACGUCUGUCAAACUGCUGAAUAAACUGGGCGCUGGACAAUUUGGAGAAGUCUAUGAAGGCAUCUGGAACGAUACCACUGCAGUAGCAGUGAAGACCCUGAAACAUGGCUCCAUGGAUGCUAAGGACUUCCUACAGGAGGCCCAGAUCAUGAAGAAACUCCGGCACCCCAAACUGAUCCAGCUCUACGCUGUGUGUACUGUGGAGGAACCCAUCUACAUCAUCACAGAGCUCAUGAAGAAUGGCAGUCUGCUGGAGUACCUCCAGAAGGACAUGGGUGUGAUGCUUGGCAUCUCGGAGCAGAUAGAGAUUGCUGCCCAGGUGGCUUCUGGGAUGGCCUACCUGGAGCAGCAGAACUACAUCCACAGAGACCUGGCAGCUCGCAACGUUCUGGUGGGAGAGAACAAUGUCUGCAAGGUGGCUGACUUCGGCCUCGCCAGAGUCUUCAUGAUGGAGAGUGAGAAUGUGUAUGAAGCCAAAGAGGGCACUAAGUUCCCUGUGAAAUGGACCGCCCCUGAAGCCAUCCAUGGCAGCAAGUUCACCAUCAAGUCUGACGUGUGGUCCUUCGGCAUUCUGCUGUAUGAAAUCAUGACCUUCGGUCAGAUGCCCUAUCCAACCAUGACCAACUACCAGGUGGUCCAACGUGUGCUCACUGGUUACAGGAUGCCCAGCCCACCACAAUGUCCCAAGGUGAUGUAUGAGAUCAUGUCUGACUGCUGGAAGGAGAAUGAGAGUGACAGACCGACCUUCGAAACCCUGCAGUGGAAGCUGGAGGAAUUCUUUGACCUGGAUGUGACCGCUUAUGAUGACGCCAACCGUUACUAGUACUGUACUACACUGUACUGUGUUGUAUUGUUUAGAGUGUUCAAUGAUGCUCUGCUCAUACUCGUAGAAAGAGUCAGCAGAGGAAUGUACAGUAUGUCCACUGUCACAGGUAAUAUAAUCAUAUGCCUAAGAUAAAUACCAUUUCAUACUCCCAACAAUUAGUAUCUAGAAUACAGUUACUAUUGAUUUUACCACAGUUGAACCAUCCACUUCCUGAUCACAUUAUGGUUGGAUAUCUAUUUAUUAGGAUUAUAUUAUGCGGUCGAACACGUGUGACAACAAACGGUUUGAUAAGAAAAUAUUGUAUGUGGAGGUUUUAUUUGGCUGCUCGUAUAUCGUUGUCGUGACUACGAUGGGGAAUCCUCUAUUGUAACUGUUUGACACUCUCACUAGUUGUGAUUUGUUUGCCAACUUAAUGCACUUUUUAAAUGGGUUAUACUGAGAGUGACAUCUCAUAUCCAGCUAAACUCACUAGACACACUUGACGAAGUCAAAACCCUGUCCAUGGCCUGGUUAGGCUUGCAUAACAACUGCUGUUCUCAGGUGAGCCUGACUGAGCUAUCAAGCCAGGUGAACCGGUUCUGUGUGUCACUCUGUAUAGCAGGCAUUCUUCCACUACACUGGUUGGCUGCCAAGUAUUCAUCAGGAGUCUCCUGUAAAGAUGUGCUUGAGUCAUGUUCACUAAGAAGCAUUUGAGUUCUCUGAAGCAUGGUGAGUGGUCUAUUAUCACUGAACACGCAUCAAUACACACACCUAGGAAUGAGAGGAUGAUGUAGUUAGAAUAUAUUCACAUAAAUAGUAGAUAUGAUUCUGACUGGACAGAAUUGGAUUUAUGGAUCAUUGACUGUUUUGACACUGCACUUAUUUGAUGAGACCGGAAUUGUACAAGUGCUUGUUUGUUAUGGCUUGUUCUGAUCAUUUUUUGCAAUGUUUUAAAAAAUGUCUAAUAAUUGGUCGUAAUCUGUGUGAAAGUGUACACUUGAUCAGAAAAAUGAAAUUAUUUCCUUCAUUUUGUUCAUUGUAAGAUUAAUUUAAUGUCAUGUUUGAUGCAUAAUAAUAAUAAUUUAAGUAUAGCCAUUUCAUUUUUAUUAAUCUGUGGUGAGUCUACUUAAUACUAUGAAUAUACAGUAACAUCAUUGUGUGCCAUCCCUUGUUCUGAAAAGCUUUCUUUAUUUUGUUAAUAAUCAUUUAGAAUUAUUUGAUAACAUAUGUUGCCAACUGAUUUGGUCAAGGGUCACUGAAUCCUCUGUGAUAAUUUCUGUUGUCUAAUAAAUUGUUUUAAAG